GCGUUUAGUAGCAAUAUAUGUUAUGUUUGUUUGUCGGUACCCCAGAGAGAGAGAGAAUCGAAGUUGGCGCCCCUUUUUUCUGUUUGUUUCUCUCUCUCUAAAAAAAUAAAACACGAACCGCUUUUCUCUCUCUAAAUUUUCGACGCAGAUUCGAAAAAAGCUUCUCGACUUUUCGCUCGCCAUGUCGUUGCGUAGACGAACCUUGCUCAAGGUCAUCGUCCUCGGCGACAGUGGGGUUGGUAAGACGUCAUUGAUGAAUCAAUAUGUACAUAAGAAGUUCAGUCAGCAAUAUAAAGCUACAAUUGGGGCUGAUUUUGUCACCAAAGAACUACAAAUAGACGACAGGCUCGUCACCUUACAAAUAUGGGACACGGCGGGGCAGGAGAGGUUUCAGAGUCUUGGUGUAGCAUUUUAUAGAGGGGCAGAUUGUUGUGUUCUAGUCUACGAUGUUAAUGUCAUGAGAUCAUUUGAUACUCUUGACAAUUGGCAUGAAGAAUUUCUCAAACAAGCAAAUCCACCUGAUUCCAAGACAUUUCCAUUUAUAUUACUUGGAAACAAGAUUGACAUAGAUGGUGGAAAUAGUCGAGUGGUUUCUGAGAAAAAAGCAAGGGACUGGUGUGCUUCAAAAGGCAUACCUUACUUUGAGACAUCUGCGAAAGAGGAUAUCAAUGUUGAUGCUGCGUUCCUGUCUAUUGCCAAAACUGCGCUAGCCAAUGAGCAUGAGCAGGAUAUCCUCAAAUUUUAUGAUAUGAAGGGCUAAAAAGGGGACCAGAGAUUUAACUAAGCAAGUUCAAAUAAUCAGGCAUGGGACUGCUCCGGAAUAAUUAAAGGAAAUGUCUAUAUGAGGUAUAGGUGUGUAGAAAAGGUUGGAGGACAUAAUUAGUGGGUUAUCAUGAUUCAUCUAUUUCACAUCCAAGGCCACCUCUAUCAUUCUUGUAGUUGUCAUGUUGGUGGAGUACCUUGUGGUAGCCAUGUAAUUUAUUGUGAUGAUAGAAUGGUUUUAGUUGUGAUAGUUUUAUAACAGUAAUAACUAGAGUGGUCAUGGUAUUCAUUGACAAAAUUUUAGUGCUGAUCCUAAUUAGAUAAAUUGCAAUGGUGAUAUACUUGUUCUGUGGUAGAGAUUAGAGGCUGUAACAACUACCUUAGAGGAGUUGAAGGCAGUUAAUAUGCCUGAGGUAAAGUAAGGCUUUCUCAAUAAAAGAACAAACUUUGGCACUAUGUUCUAACUAUAAGCCUCCAAAAGUUU